AUGGCAAAAAAAAGUAAUGAUGUAGAUGUUGAAGCUUUGAAGAAAAAGGUUUUACCCAUCAUCAGAAUUGCUGUUCUUGGGCCAAAGGGAGUAGGUAAGACAGCCAUUGUCAAUUAAUUUGUUAAUAACUCAUUUGAACCAUAAUAUGAAGAAACAGAUGAUGAUAUUCGUCGUUAUAAGAAAGUUCAUGAUUUAAAUUGCAGUCCAACUGAUCCCUAAUAUGUUGUAUUCAUAAUUGAGGAUAUGUAUUGCAAAUUUACACAACCUUAGAUUCCCAACUAAUCAUCCUGAUUUAGUCAGAGAAAGUGAUUUCCUAAAGACAAACAUUUAUUUUGGGACACUGGAAAAUAGACAAUAAAGAUUCAAAGAGGAAUAAAAGAACAUCCUGGACUUCGAUAAGUAGAUUUAUGGUUAUAUCUUUGUUUUCGAUGGCAAUCAAAACGAUUCAUAUAAAGGUCUCGAAGAACCCAUUAAAUAUAUAUCAGAAUAUUGUGAAAAGCAAAGAUCUUUCAGUAUGUUGACAUCUAAGAAGGUUGUGGUAGCAAAUAAGAGCGAUUUGAUUGAAGCUUAAAAUUAAGACAAAGUGUUUUCAAAGUGGAAGUCUCUUGAGAAAUUUAAUAUCCCUACAAGGUUUGUGGUAUCUGCCAAGACUGGACACAAUAUUAAUGCAGUGUUUGAAGAAAUUGGCAAAUAAAUCUUGCAAGACUAAAAAUUAGACAUGAUUGACAAGGCUUGGCUUACAGAAAUGAAUAGUUUAAUUAUGGGAAUAGAGUCCUAUAGGAAAAAGAACAAAAACAAUAAUCAAGAUGAUAAUAACAAAAAGAAAGGAGGAAACAAGGGAUUUCUGGGCUGUGGAGAAAAAAGGAAGCAGUUUGUUGCUGAUGAUGUAAUUACUAUUAUUAAUUCAUUAGGAGGAUGAAGAUGAAGACGAAGAAGAUGAAGAAUUUAAAAAUUUGUAACAAUAUCCUGGAAUGAUGGAAGACAAUAAGGAGGGUUGUGAUAUCUUCUGA